AAAGUUGUCUACCCACUCAUCCAUUUAUUCAUCCAUCCAUCCAUCAUCCAUCUAUUCAUCCAUUUAUUCAUUCAUCCAUCCAUCCACCCAUCCACCCAUACCACUUAUCCAUCCAUUUAUACAUCCAUUUAUCCAUCCAUCCAUCCAUUCACCCACUUAUUCACCCAUCCACCCAUCUAUCCAUCCCAUUUAUCCAACCAUCCUUCCAUCCACCAUCCAUCCAUAUAUCCAUCGGUUUAUCCAUCCAUUCAUCCACUUAUUCACCUAUCCACCCAUCCAACCAUCCCACUUAUCCAUCCAUCCAUCCACCCAUCCAUCCCAUUUAUCCAUCCAUUCAUCCAUUUAUUCAUUCAUCCAUCCAUCCUUCCAUCCACCCAUCCACCCAUCCCAUUUAUCCAUCCAUCCAUCCACCCAUCCAUCCAUCCAUCCAUCCAUUUAUCCAUCCAUCCAUUUAUUCAUCCAUCCAUUUAUUCAUCCAUCCAUUUAUUCAUCCAUCCAUUUAUUCAUCCAUCCAUUUAUCCAUCCAUCCAUCCAUCCAUCCAUCCAUCCAUCCAUUUAUCCAUCCAUCCAUUUAUCCAUCCAUCCAUUUAUCCAUCCAUCCAUUUAUCCAUCCAUCCAUUUAUUCAUCCAUCCAUUUAUCCAUCCAUCCAUCCAUUUAUCCAUCCAUUCAUCCAUCCAUCCAUCCAUCCAUCCAUCCAUCCAUCCAUCCAUCCAUCCAUCCAUCCAUCCUCUUUGUUGCUUAUGUCCUUUCAGACACCAAGUUGA